GCUGUGAGGCGGACGGCCUCCUGCACCGGGACGGGACGAGAUGGACCCUUGGCUGCCACCAAUACUCCUGCGCCGACGGGGUCACGAGCCCUCCUUCCAUCCUCGAUACGUGUUGUGAAGUGGGAGAAGCAGUCUAUCCUGACGGACACAACUGGACCGAUGGAUGCAUGCGGUACACCUGUAACGCUAGCUCCGUUGACACCCUGGCGAUCCUUGCCACGUGCUGCCAGCAAGGCGACGGAGUUCACGCGGACGGCGACGAGUGGGAGGAAGGCUGUUACCACUACACAUGUGCUUCCGGCUCGCCUGAACCCACCAUGAUAUCCCCCACGUGCUGCAAAGUACAAGACGAAGUAUACCCCGAUGGCCACACUUGGACUGUAGGUUGCCAUAGCUACACCUGCACUGCUGGCAUUCUGGAAGACCCAAUUCUACUUCCUACCUGCUGCCAGGUCGGAGAGGAGGCGUUCCCCGACGGCUUCGCCUUCACGGAGGGUUGUCACAACUACACCUGCACCGCUGGUUCUUUGGAAACUGUGUCAGUUCUCUCUACCUGCUGCGAGAUGGGCGAGGAAGUGUACCCCGACGGCCACACCUGGACACAGGGCUGCUACCAUUACACCUGCAACGCUGGCUUGCUGGGCGAUCCCGAACUUGUUCCUUCGUGCUGCGAGGUGGGGCCAGAGGUGUACCCCGACGGCCACACCUGGGUCGAGGGCUGCCACAACUACUCCUGCGCGGCUGGCGUUCUUGCAGAGCCUUCGGUGCUCCCAAUGUGCUGUGCGGUGGGCGACGACGUGGUCGUGGACGGCCACACGUGGGAGGAGGGCUGCCACAACCACACCUGCGUCACAGGCUCUCUGGAAAGCUUCCUUCGCCCAGACUUUUGCUGCGAAGUUGAGACCGAGAUCCACCCAGAUGGCGACAGCUGGACGGAAGGUUGCCAUAAUUACACCUGCAUAGCCGGCUCGCUCGUUCCUACGGCUCUGCUGCCAACAUGUUGCGAGAUAGGAGCGGAGGUCUACCCAGACGGCCACACCUGGACUGAAGGCUGCCAUAACUACACUUGCGUCGCAGGGACCCGCAGUGAACCGACUGUUCUGUCAACAUGCUGCACUGUCCAGGAUGAGCUGUUCCCAGAUGGCUACCAGUGGCCCGAGGAGUGCCAAGUACUGUUCUGCGACGCCGGUAAACUCAAGACCAACACCACAUGUUGUGAGGCAGAUGGGACCAUGUACCCUAACGGUGGGAACUGGACGGAGAUGUGCUACUGGCAGACCUGCGUAUACGGCACACCUGUCACACUCCACAUGAAGGAUUCAUGUAAAACUGCCCUGACGGCGACUGCAUCCGUGUUGGGCAUACUAGUUUUUCUGGUCAUCAUCGUCGUUGCGUACUUCUGCUGCCGCACCGCCAAAAAGGGGAAAUCCCAGAAUGGCAAACCUGUCGUCUACGUCAACAUGGCCAAGGAAGAACUGCUGAUAAAAGAGUGAUGAUCCCUCGUGGCCUGUCGUCAUGGGACAGCAAAGCAAGAGACUGAGAAGGUGGACGUGGAAACUUCAGUAAUGAAAUCAUACCACAGAAGGGCGGAUCAGCUUGGCCAGAUAUUGGUUACCCGGAUCUCUUAGUGUGCGGAGAAUAGCGGCAACAUGUAGAUACCUUUGUGGAUGAUUUUGUUGCUUUCUGAACUCUUGGAGAAUUUUGUGUUAAGUAUUGGCCUCCAGGUCAGUGCAUGUGUGUGUAUAUAUCGCUUCUACCGUAUAUAUGAUAUUCAAGUUUUGGUGCGUGUUCAGAUGAUAUCUAGAAGUCAUGAAGAUCGCUUCAUAUGCCCUAAGGUCUGACAGCGAUGUCACCGCCUCAGGAGAGUCAAGCCGUGACCUGCCUUAGUUGAUUCAGUCCAGGCCUUCCGAGAAGGAAGAACGGCAAAGUGCGGAGAAGGGGACCUGCUAAAUUUUGCUUCGUGAUUCACAUUUUGAUAGAAUCAUGAAAUCUUUGUGUUUGCUUGUAGAAUGAGUAAUUUUGAUUUAAUUAAACGAAGGUGUAUCAUUUUCGCAUAGAACAUUAUUUAGGAGACCGAUCUGCUCUUUAGCCAGGACUACAGAGAAGACUAAAUUCAUGUCAUGUUGUCAUGAGAAGGCCACGCUCACCGCCAGUGCUCCGAGUUACGGCUUAGUUUUUUUGUCUUUUUGGUUAUUGAGUUUAAAGUGAGAAAUCUAUCUGCAUAACAUAAUGAUCUGCUGGAACGUUUUGGAAUGAAGAUCACGUGAGCGAUCUUCAUUGCAAAUAAAGCCUCUAGUCCGUAGUAACGAUUUGACGCAAAAAACAAACAAACAAGAACAAGGCAUAAUUUUGAUUACGCUAUUUAUAGUAUUUUUCUGUGAAUAUUACUAAGUUUUGGUGAGGUGAUAGGUACAAGAGAUAAGCGAAGAAAUGAAUCAUUAUGAUUAUAAUAACAAACACUGUUACGGUAAUAAUGAUAAAUAUUAGCUAAUGAUGAUUAUUAUUGCGCCAAAUAAUUAUUAUUGUAGUAAACAAGCAAUUAUAAAAAAAUAAAUAAAAAAAAACUAAGGAGAUGAACUGAUGCUUGGAGUUUCAUGCUUAUGAAAUUUUGUGAUGACUGAGUAGAAAGAAAUCGGGGAAACUAUCCGUGAUUGUGAUAUAUAAGUAUUGGUAUACACUCAUAGAUCAUCAUCUAACCAACAAACUGAAAUUCAAACAAAAACAAAGCCUCUCUGCCUUACUGUUAUUCAUAUCGUAGGCCUCAAAUUCCUCCAAUAAUGUGAUGCCAUGUAUUUGUACAAUAAAGAUUUUCUUUUUUA